GCCGAAGUUUUGCCGGCCGAGAACGCGUUCGCGUUCCUGGAGUGGGGCCGGCCUCCGUAACGGAUGCAAACGGCGUCGGCGACGGAGGCCGGAAGGCGUCGCCCUCUCUACUUGGUUCACCCCCAUUGAGUCCCCUCAGUACGCGCCCCCGCGCAUUCGCGAUGGCGGUACAUUUUCCAGCUCUAGGAUCCCGUCCCAGGUUCAGGGACGCGAACCAACUGCGCCCGACCCCCCCUCGAAGGCUCGGUGUGCUGGCCUGGCUGGCCUUGCUGGCUUGGCUUUGCUGGCCUGGCUCGCUCAUACCGUCGUGUCCUCUCUCCUUUUCUCUCGGCCACCAGAAGUUCCCUUUCUCUCUACCUUCUCGUCAUUUUCCAUACUCCUAACGCACUCCUUGGCCCACCAUGACGGUACAACAACAACAGUCGCGCUUCUCCGACGCGGACCAGGAAAGCGUUUAUGUGCUCCUCCAUGGCUACACGGCCGACGCCGUUGAGGAGGAGGGUAAUGAGAGGCCCUUCGUUGCUCCGGACACGGAGGAGGAGCGCAAUAGAGUAUGGACAGCCUGGACCGAGUUUUGUGGACUUACUGGACAGAAAGAGGGUGCAGUUGACAGCUGUGGUGUCGGCCCCUGCCGCUUCUGGGUGACCUUCGCUCAAGAUCCAACGGCCGCAAAGGUUCAGGCACCAGUCCGGGCGUUUCUGCACCAAUAUGUGCAGAGCUCCUGCAAGGAACGCGUCGUGCUGGGGCCUGAGGAGCGCGCCAUGAUCCGCACGGUCAACUCCGCUUAUAGUGUCAUUGAGAUUUGGCGGAGGCUCGUCGCGGCGGCCGAAGACAAAGUCCUCCCUCUUGAGCGGAGGGCGCUGCGAGGAAAGGGCAAAUACCUGGAGGCCGAGCGGCUUUUCCUGAAGUGGCCGCAAGAAGGCGAGAAACGUGAGGGGCCCGCCUAUUCAAUUGUCAAGUGGAUCCUCCGAUCGCUUACGCCGACACUCGGGCUUGAGAUGAAGCCGGCGUACGCGAAGGUUGAGGCGACAGCAGCAGACAUCAUUCUCGUUCUUACAGCGCUGUACACGCGUGCCGGGGAUAUCCCCGCCUCGCCAGUCACGAGGGCGUCGUUCCAUAACGCCGUCAUUCAGAUGGGUACCGGCGCUUUCCGUCCGGGGGUCCUUGAGGAUACCCUAUGUAAGCAGUAUUAGGCGGUCUCCCUACCUAAUAAGGGGGGCGCGUUUACGUAUAUUUAGCUUAUACUAUCUAAUAACCCGGUAUAGCUCUAUAUCUAUCCCGGCUUUAUUAAGGGUAUCGUGUUACAAUCUGAGACAACGUCCCACGGAGCUAGACCCAGUCUAGGAUUGCGAAGGGGGGUGGGG